AUGGAAGACCAUGCAAGUGUAAAAAACUUCAUUUAUUCUAAAAUUUCUAUGGAAUUCGUGAGGAAAAGGGUGAUUUCUGAAGAAAUUGCGAAGAGGUGGAAUACAUUUCAAAGACCUGAGCGAGGGAUUGCAAGAAGAAUACACAACUCGUUUAAAGCUUAUGAUAGUGCUCCGAUUAUAAUUUUUGGGAUUCCUUUAACUUUCCUUUUUACAAGUGGAGCAAUCUUUUAUAGAAUGAAUUCAAUUUCAGCGAUAGCAAACCUCGCAAUUUCUGCAGCGCUUUUUAUUGGGUUAAUGGAUGCUGCCAAAGUUUAUUAUGCAUUUUCUUAUUAUGGAAAAGAGAUUGAGCUAAUUCAAGAGAAAUAUGAUGUGAAAGUAAGAAUUCCUUAUUUGAAUUAAAAAAAUAAAAUGUUGAAGAAAGUUUGUCUACAAGGUGGCUGGACCCUCCUGAUGAAGCUGAAAACAGGGCCACUGUUGUUUUUUGAAGUAGGACUUCAGUCUUGAUAACGCCUUGCCGAAGAGGAAGUUUUGUUCGCCUGAAGGUUUUGCUGUCCCUGCCAGGUGGGCUUACAGGUUUAUCUCUCACAUAGUCUUCAUCUAUAGGGUUAUCGCUGCACCCGGCAGAGGGUAGCUCUAAACUAGGGAGUUAAUCCUUAGGCUAGGUGAUUUCGCUAGAAAAUUCAAGAGGGCGGAAUUGUUCGGGCUUUACACCAUUUGCAACCUGAUUAUACUCACUCAGGGUAGGCUGCCAUUCUGGGAUUAAGGUAUCUGGCUUGUGGGAUGCCGGCUAUGCUGGUGCAACAUUUUAAUCUUUAUUCGAAUUAA